UUCCAUCUCUCUCUCUCUCUCUGUGUCACAUUUCACACACACUCUCUCCCACAAUGGCCUCAUACACCUGCUCCGCCACAGACCUCAUCCCCCACCUCGGCCCCGCCGUCGCCAACGCCACCGCGGUCGCGAACGCAAUCUGCGGCGGCUUCUUCGCCGUCAACGCGAGCCUCUCCGACACCACGUACGCCAUCAACAACACCUACCUCCUCUUCUCCGCGUACCUCGUGUUCGCGAUGCAGCUCGGCUUCGCCAUGCUCUGCGCCGGCUCCGUCAGGGCCAAGAACACCAUGAACAUAAUGCUCACCAGCGUCCUCGACGCCGCGGCCGGUGGCCUCUCCUACUACCUCUUCGGCUUCGCCUUCGCCUUCGGCACGUCCUCCAACGGCUUCAUCGGCCGCCACUCGUUCGGACUCACCGGCGUCCCUUCGCCGGAUUUCGACUACAGCUUCUUCCUCUACCAAUGGGCUUUUGCCAUCGCCGCAGCCGGCAUCACCAGUGGUUCAAUCGCGGAACGGACGCAAUUCGUAGCCUACCUCAUCUACUCUACCUUCUUAACCGGGUUCGUCUACCCGGUGGUCUCCCACUGGUUCUGGUCCAAGGACGGGUGGGCCAGCGCGUAUCGAACCGACGGCCACCGCCUUUUCAAAUCCGGAGUCAUCGACUUCGCCGGUUCGGGCGUGGUCCACAUGGUCGGGGGCAUCGCGGGUCUAUGGGGUGCCUUAAUUGAAGGCCCAAGAAUUGGCCGGUUCGAUGGAACCGGCCGAUCCGUAGUUUUACGAGGCCACAGCGCCUCGCUGGUCGUCCUCGGUUCGUUCCUCCUCUGGUUUGGGUGGUAUGGGUUCAACCCCGGCUCGUUUCUAACCAUUGCGAAAACGUAUGGGACCGACAGGCCUUUUUACGGGCAGUGGAGUGGGGUCGGGAGGACAGCUGUCACGACGACAUUGGCCGGGUGCACCGCGGCGCUUACAACCUUAUUUAGCAAGAGGUUAUUGGCUGGGCAUUGGAACGUUACGGACGUGUGCAACGGUUUGCUGGGGGGUUUUGCUGCGAUUACCUCUGGGUGUUCCGUGGUGGAACCGUGGUCGGCUAUUGUUUGCGGGUUCGUGGCGGCUUGGGUUUUGAUUGGGUGUAACAAGCUCGCGGAGAAGUUCAAGUACGAUGACCCGUUAGAGGCGGCGCAGCUCCACGGUGGGUGCGGCGCGUGGGGUAUACUCUUCACUGGGUUGUUUGCGAGAGAAGGGUAUGUGAGCGAGGUGUAUUCACCGGGCCGGCCGUAUGGGCUAUUCAUGGGCGGCGGAGGGAGGUUGCUAGCGGCGCAAAUCAUACAGAUCUUGGCGAUCUUUGGGUGGGUCACGGUUACCAUGGGCCCACUUUUCUACAGUCUACACAAAUUGAAGCUGUUGCGGAUCUCGAGCAAGGAUGAGAUGGCGGGAAUAGAUCAGACGAGGCACGGAGGGUUCGCGUAUGUGUACCACGACGAAGACGAUCAAUCAACCAUACCCGGUUUUACUAUGAACAGGACCGAGCCCAUGAACUCGAAUUCCACACAUGAUCGUAGCCCACCACCACCACCACCACCAAAUGAGGUCUGAAAAACUCAAGCCCAUGCUAGGGUUUUUCGGUGGGUCAUUGUUUGUACCAUAACUGAGAUUUCCUUUUACCCGUCGAUCGAGCGACACGUGGCAAGGGUAAAUAUGGGCAAAUAAAAGAAUAGAAUGAACUCACCUUAAUUAGUUAGGAUGGAAUUGAAUCGAUGAUGAAACCAUAAAAAGUCUUGUCCGUCGAUUGGCCAACACGUGGUGUAUUUUUAUGGUCCUUUGGUCCGUCGAUCAGGUGACAGAUGUCAAAGGGAAUUAAGUCCCAUGAUUCCACGAUUAAAGAGGAUGUUAACCACGAUUAACGAAAUAAUUUUCCAGACGUGGGCAUGAUCGGCAGUUGAAGAAGUUACUUCGCCAGAAUUUGAAGGAAUUCCAACAGCUACUUUGGAGGGAAGAUUUGAAUUCAAAAGUGAAGGGAUCUCUAUUUAUAAUCAAAGUGCAAGACGAUUUACAAACACACAAACAACGCCAAUCAGGCCUUUAUCUUUUCUUUUCUAGGAGUAGAGUUAACUUGUAAUUGUUCACUCAAUCAUCUUGAUUGAUUGUUCUUCUACUUUGAGGGUUAAUAAAGUCCAUUUUGUUAAUC